UCGUCGAAGACCUCGAGAUGCUGGUUAUACGGCUACUUCUCGUGAUCCUCGUCUUUUUCGGAAGAUCGGUUUUCUCGAAGUACUAUGAAAAGAGACGAUUCGACAGAUCAAUAAACAGUAAUAGUAUUACGCUCGAAGAUACCAGUUACUUAAAUUCACUCUCAUUUACGGAUUAUUAUACUAAUUUCAUUGCAUAUAAAGAUGAAUUAGAAGAAACGUGUUAUCUGGAAAGAGCAGGAAAAUAUAUUUCCUCUGACAUUAGCUUUUGGAAUGAUAUUCUUCGAAAAAGCAAAUCGAAGACACUAUAUGUGUCUGAUCACUCCAUAAGCAAAUCAGAGGCAAAAGAAAUCGCUGGUGAUAAAAUAGUAGAUUUUUGUCAAGAUGCCAUGAUAAUAUUGUUUUUGGACCCAAAACCUGAAACAGAUUUCGAAAUAAAAUCUCAGAAUCAAGAAAUAGAAUAUAAAAAGUCCAAAUUUGGAGGUAAGGAAAGUCUGGAGAAUAUUCAGUCAACAAUUCAAAACCGACUUAAAAGACAUGUUUUUACGAAGAAAAGGGGAAAAUACAAUAACCGGAAACGUCGUCAAACAGUACCUUUUCGUGGCCGUUUUAGGGGGCAGACACAAUCACAAUAUUUGAGUUCUAGUUCAAAUGGACAAAAGGAUGGCAAAGCUGAAGCUGAGGCCACACAACAAUCAUCCCGUGCAGUUGUCAGUGGUAUCAGUGGUAUGGGUCAGGCGCAGAGCAUGUCUUCCGGCGGCGCAGGGUGUGAGGGAUGUCCUGGAUAUCCCACAGGACCUGGAGGGGGAGUACGUGUUCCGGGAGUAAUAUAUACAGGAGGUACAAUCCCAGGAGAAGAGGUUAGACCAGGUGGUACUUAUUUCAGUGGUGUUACAAAGCCAGGAAGCCCUGGUAUCCUAACACCGCCAUAUCCUGGAGGAAUUCCACCAGGAAGAGGGAGAGAUGGAUCAGUGACUUAUCCCGAGGGUACCAUUCCUGGGCAACUAGGACAUGGACCGGUGCCAGGAGGAAUAUCAUAUCCAGGCGGUAUUAUACCAGGAAGACCUGGAAGUCCAGAAACUUAUACAGGUGAAACCCGUAAAGGUGUCGAAGGCCCAGGAACAGGGAGAAUAUCUUAUCCCGGUGGGGCAGUACCAGAGAAACCAGUAACUCUUGGUACUUAUCCAGGUCAAGUAGUACCAGGCGACCGAGCACAAGGAACAGGAGGUUUAUCAUAUCCGAGUAACAUAGUACCUGGGAGACCAGAGGCUCCAGGAAUGUUUCCUGGCCAAGCGGGCAUCGGAGCAGGUACUGAAACUUAUCGUGGUGGCGUAAUUCCAGGUCGUGGGCCUGUAACAGGAGGAGUUUCUUAUCCGGGAAGAGUAAUACCUGGGAGACCAGGGGCUACAGGAAGCUAUCCUGGUCAAACGGACCCAGGGGACAUAUCAUAUCCGGGAGGUGUUACAUUGGACCACCCUGCAGCUCCAGGAACGUAUCCAGGACAAACGAGGGUCAUAGGCGGUAUUGGAACUUAUCCCGGUGAAGUAAUUCCAGGCGGUGGUGGACCAAGAACAGGAGGUGUUUCUUAUCUAGGCGGAGUAAUUCCAGGCGGCGGCGGACCAGGAACUACAGGUGUUGCAUAUCCAGACGGAGCUCUUCCUGGACGACCAGGAGCUUCUGGAACUUAUCCUGGUGUAGUAAUUCCAGAGGGCGGAUCAGGAACAGAAGGUAUAUCUUACCCUGGCGGUGUCGUGCCAGAUAGCCCAGGAGAUCAUGGAGUUUAUCCAGGACAAACUGGUGUCCUACGAAGUCCUGAAACUUAUCCCGGUGGCAGGCGAGGAAUAGAAGGUGUUUCUUAUCCGGGAGGAGUCGUGUCUGAACGAGCAGGAUCUCCUGGAACUUAUCCUAGUGGAGUAAUCCCAGCCGGCGGAGCAGGUACAGAAAUGAUAUCUAAUCCUAGCGGAGUCGUGCCGGGAAGGCCAAGAGAUUCAGGAAAUUAUCCAGGACAAAGUGACGUUGUAGGUGGUCCUGGAUUUUAUACAGGUGGAGUGAUUUCAGAUGGCGGGCCAGGAACAGGAGGAGUUUCUUCUCCGGGUGUAGUAGUUCCUGGAAGACCCGGGGCUACAGGAACCUAUCCUCCCCAAACGUAUCCCGGACAAACUAGUACAAGAGGUGGAGGAUCAGGCGCGGGUGGGAUAUCUUACCCUGGUGGUGUCAUGCCCGGACGACCAGGAACUCCUGGAAUUUAUCCAGGCAAAACGGAUAUAGGAGGAAAUGCUAUAAAUUAUUCUGGUGGAGUAAUUAUAGGCGGUGGCGGAUCAGGAACAGGAGGGGUUUUUUAUGUCGGCGGAGUCGUUCCUGGUCAGCCAGGAGCUUCUGAAACUAAUUUUCGUGGAGUAACUUCAGGCGGUGAACCAGGAUCAGGAAGUAUAUCUUACUCUGGUGGUACUGUGCAAGGGAGACCUGAAGAUCCUGGAAAGUAUCCAGGACAAAUAGGCGUUGCAGAAGGUCCUGGAUCUUAUCCCAGCGGAAUGAUUCCAGGCAGCGGACCAGGAAGUCUUUCUUACCCGGGCGGUGUCAUACCUGGAAGACUUGAAGCUCCAGGAACUUAUCCAGGACAAGCAGGUGUAGCAGGAGGUAUAUCUUAUCCAGACGGAAUUGUACCUGGAAAACCAGGAGUCCCAGGAACUUAUUCUGGCCAAAACAGCCCGCGAGGAGGACCAAGGACAGGUGACGUUACUUAUAUAGGUCAAGCAUCGGUGGAAGGAUGGGGGGGUGGUAGAAGAAUAACUGGACCAGCCAUACCUGGCGGUAGGGCACCAGGAACUACUGGCAUUAAUUAUCCAGGUCAAGUAAUACCAGGUGGUAUAGAAACUGGAUCUUACCCUGGGUACAACGGACCAAGUGGAGGGCCAAAAACAAGUGGCACAUCUUAUCCAGGAGGUGUUGCUUCAGGUAGACCUGGAGAAAAUUAUCCAAGCGGAACUUCAGGAACUCUUGGAUCUGGUCCUGGCACAUAUCCUGCGAGGACCGUUCCAGGAUCAGUUGGUGUAGUUCCAGGAGGAGGUCCUCAGGCUGGAGGCGUAACUUAUCCAGGUGGAGGUGUACCAGGAAGGCCAGGAACACCAGGGACCUAUCCUAGCCAAACCGGACCUGGCAGAGUAACUUAUCCUGGUCAAACUGGCUCUGGUGCAGGAAAAGAAAAUUAUUCAGGUGGUGUUACACCAGGGGCUGCAGUUCCUGGAAGACAUCAUGGUGAGACAAUUCCCGGAUCAGGUAGAAUUACAGGACCUGAUAGAGGAAGUUCGUUCCCAGAGCGUGCAAUGCCAGGCGGUGGACCAGAAACUUAUCCUGGAAAUUCAGCACCAGGAACUGGAACUGUAUCUUACCCAGGUGGCAUAGUGCCAGGAGGAUCGGUACCUGGUACUAUUCCCGGCAAUGGAGUAUAUCCUGGAAAUGGAACGUAUCUAGGAGCGACAUCAGAAGUCAGUCCAGGCAUUUCCUAUCCUGGAGGUGAUUUACCAAGAAGAGGUUUCCCAGGAACUAUUCCAGGUGAUUCUAAUAUUUAUCCUGGAGGUGUAGUGCCAGGAGGAAAUUAUCCUAGUAGUAUAACACCAGGCGGCGGAACAGGAUCUGGAGUAUACCCUCAAGAAGUAGUUCCAGACACAGGAGCUCCAGGAACUUAUCCAAUAGGCGGUGUUCCAGGCACGUACCCUGGUGGCGUACCAGGGACUUACGAACCGGGACCAUAUCCACCUGGAGGUGUACCUGGAACUUAUACCGGAGGUGUUAUACCCGGAAGAGGUACUCCAGGAACAUAUCCUGGUGGUGCACUUCCAGGAGGAACGUAUCUAGGCACCUAUCCGGGUGGCGUCGUACCAGGCGCAACUGGUGUACCUGGAUCGGGUGAAAAACCUGGAGGUGGUAUAUACACGGGAACAACUGGAGUCCAAGUGGAUGUUUAUCCAGGUGUUGGACCUGGUGGCGCAAGUCCUGGGCAAGUCUAUCCUGGAACUGGAGGUAGUGGACCAGGACAGGUUUAUCAACCAGUUGGAUAUCCUGUCGAAGAUGAAUCUGAUUCUCAUGCACUCAGUUCCGUUAAGCAAGGUGAAGGAGGUACUCAAGCGAGUGCUUCUGCACAGGGAAAAUUCGGGAAAGGCACAGCACAGUCCCAAGUUAGUGGAACAUACACCGGCGGUGGUUCUUUCUCGGCUGCAGCAGGUACAAAUGAUGACAACAAAAGUGCCCAGACUCAGGUGAGCGGUGGAAAAGAAGGAGCAAUUAGCAACGCACAAGGAUCAGGUGGAUUGGGAAAGAGUCAAGUACAAGUUCAAUUAGGUUCCGAUUCAGGCGCUACUUCCACAAAUGCACAGAGCAGUGGAUGGAAUCACGGUACCAAUUCUCAAGUUCAAGCAAGUUCUAAGGGAGGAAUGGCGGAUGCACAAGCUAAUGGAGAAGGACAAACUUCCAGUCAGGCUCAAAUCGGUUUUAAACCUUACAUGAAAACGCAAGAGAAGCCUGAGAAAAAUGCACAACCGUUUAGAGGAGGAGGUACAGCGUCUGCUUCAAGUGGCACUUAUAGAGGGCAAUCACAGUCUCAAAUAGAAGGCUCUUUUAAAUACGGCAUUACUUAUACAGGCGCAGCUCAGGCUGGAUCAGGAUCUGGAGCAGCAGCUUCAAGAAAACCGUUCAAUUUCUCUGACACCAAUACAGACUUCUUUAAAAAGUUCGAAGCAUAUGCACCUCCGUCCAUAACCAACGACAAGACUGAUUCAACUACUCAUUCUUCAGAGACUAAUUACGAUUUGGAAGAUCGCCAGGGUUUGCAAACCAGUUCAAGUUCCAGAAAAACUGUUGUUGCGACCUUGAACAAAACUGCGGCAAAAAAAGCUGAAAAGGCGCAAGUCGAGAAGCACAAAAUUGACGACAACUAUGAUGAUGAUGACUACGAGGAGUAUGAAGAUGAUGAUCUUAAUUACACAUCAUCAGGAAGAACUACUUCUGAUGAUAUUUCUUCACAUAAGCUCGUGAAAGAAACUUCCAUAAUUCGAGACAAUGAUGACCCACCACCAGAUGAAUCUUUACCUGGCUACGUUAUUCCUCCAGGUUAUCAUAAGUCAAAAUCCGGAAGCCAAUUUACAUCAGAUAAAAGUAUUGCACAAGAAAAUAAGUCUGCUUUUUCAGAAACCAGAUCUCUGAAAACCGGUCACGAUCAAAAAAGUGGUGCAAGAAAUCGCAAUCAUGAUCUGGAAAGUUCAACUCAAAAUUCUUCCAAUGCAACGGCGGUUAAGACAAAUUAUUACACGGUUUCUAAUAGCAUCGCAGGAAAGAUGGUGGACGGAAACCCUCCUACGAAAAAGUAUGAGCAUCGAUAUUACACUAAAAGCUCCACUUGUGGUUAUUUUACCUUUUCUUGUAAUGUUGUUUAUGGUUCCAAUGGUAGAACGAAAAUCUGCAAACCUAAAGUUCCAACUCACUCAGAUGGAACGCCGAUAAAGUGUUCGUAAGUCCAAUUCACUUAGGUUUACUAGUAAUAUGCGAAGUAUACAUAACUUGCGAUGUCGAUGUACUAUAUUGCAGAUUAUUAUUGCAUUCAUUUUCAAUCUUUUAACAAACAACGGCAAUCAGAUACUGUUAAAUUAUAAUUAUCUUCUAAAUUGUUACUCUUCCAAUUUUGAAUUGUUAAUCUUUUAUUAUUUUUGAGGUAUUAGGGGCUUCGAAUUUUUUGUUACAAAAUAAGGACUUAACGAAUGACAGCUUUUUCGCGAGAAAAAGAAUCUUCAAUACUUGAUCUCAUGAAAUUCUUUUUAAUAAAUUAUUAUUGUUAAACAUAGUUGAAUUUUAUUUAAGAAAUAAUAUUUUUGUCAUAAAAAACUAUAUUCAAAAAUAAGAUGAGGUCUAGUUGUGAAGACAUUUUUUUCCAAGAAAGUAAACUUCUCAUUCAUUGAAAUCAUAUUAUUUUGUUUUAAAUUUCGUAAUGACUAUAAUAGCUCCAUUAAAAGUUA